GACGCGGCGGGUGGGGAAGCCCCACGAGGAGGAGGAGGGGGGCAGCUGGGUGCUGCCCGGCGGUGGCUGGGCUGGUCCUGCAACCGCCUGGCCGACAGGGCCUUGGUCCUGUUGGGCUUGGCUCAGGAAGACCUGUGGCAAGCUGGCGGCUCUUCCCGGCCACUGGGAACCCAGGUUCAAUUCCGCAGACGUUCCCUAAGCUCUUCCUGCUCUGUGCCGGUCCCCGGCGUUCGCUGCAGGAACUCGGCUAAACGAGGCGCUGUUUCGUGAUGCUCUGGGAGCAACCGACUCUUAAGGGGGAGACAGGAGGAGUCUAGGAAGCCUUACUUAAUUUAGGCCUUAAAGGAGCUAAAUCGCUAGCUGGAAAAAGUAACGGGAGCGUAACAUGUGCAAAGAUUUUGACCAUGGCUGCGGAGUCUGAUGUUCUGCACUUCCAGUUUGAACAGCAAGGAGAUGCAGUCUUGCAGAAAAUGAAUCUCUUGAGACAGCAGAAUUUAUUUUGUGAUGUAUCAAUUUAUAUUAAUGACACCGAGUUCCAGGGGCACAAGGUGAUAUUAGCUGCUUGCUCCACUUUCAUGAGAGAUCAGUUUUUACUCACACAGUCAAAACAUGUCAGAAUUACCAUCUUGCAGAGUGCGGAAGUUGGCAGAAAAUUGUUGCUCUCUUGCUAUACUGGAGCACUUGAAGUGAAAAGGAAAGAGCUUUUGAAAUACUUAACUGCUGCUAGUUACCUUCAGAUGGUUCACAUUGUGGAAAAGUGUACAGAAGCUUUGUCAGGAUACCUGGAAAUUGACCUUUCUAUGAAAAACAACAAUCAGCAUACCGACCUGUGUCAAUCCUCUAACCCAGAUGUUAAAAAUGAGGAAGAAAAUACAGAUAAAGACUGUGAGAUCAUCGAAAUUUCAGAAGAUAGUCCUGUAAACAUAGAUUUCCACGUUAAAGAAGAGGAAAGCAAUGUGUUGCAGUCUACAGUAGAGAGCUUGACAUCAGAGAGACAGGAAAUGAAGUCACCAGAGCUGUCUUCAGUUGAUAUAGGUUUUAAAGACAAUGAAAUUUGUAUCCUCCGUGUGGAAUCUAUAAAUACCGAUGGUGUAGAAAAUGGGCAGUUUUCACAGCCUUGUACCUCGUCAAAAGCAAGCAUGUAUUUCUCUGAAACACAGCAUUCACUGAUCAAUUCUACGGUUGAGAGCAGAGUGGCAGAAGUUCCUGGGAGUCAAGAUCAGGGCUCAUUUUGUGGGAAUACUGAAGGAAGUCAUGGAACAGCAAAUGAGAUUCAGAACCUGGAAGAUAUUUAUUCUCUGAGACACCAGUGCCCCAGGUGUCCACGAGGAUUUCUUCAUGUUGAAAAUUAUCUGCGCCACCUUAAGAUGCAUAAACUGUUCUUGUGCUUACAGUGUGGGAAAACAUUUACACAGAAGAAAAAUCUCAACCGGCACAUUCGAGGGCACAUGGGCAUACGGCCCUUUCAGUGUACUGUGUGCUUGAAGACAUUUACCGCUAAAAGCACGUUGCAGGACCACUUGAACAUACAUAGUGGGGAUCGGCCAUACAAAUGCCAGUGUUGUGACAUGGAUUUCAAGCACAAAUCUGCCCUGAAAAAGCAUGUGACCUCUGUGCAUGGCCGGAGCAGUGGUGAAAAAAAUACCUAUUCAUGAUCUCAAAAAGCAAAAUCUAUUAUAAGUACAAUCACACCUUGCUAUGGAAGCUAUGUUAGGCAAGUCUUUCUAUAGAAAUGCAACAUUUGUAAUAUUGUUUUCCUCCUCAUCUUUGGGUCUUAUUUUUGGUCUGCCUAUACAUUAUUCUUUCUGAGCUUAUACUAAGAGUUCCAAAGUGUGGGAGACAUGAUAAAGCUGAUGGAAUGCUCUCUCACAUCUUGUGUUAUAUAAGUCCCAGUUGUAUACCUAGAGAAAUACUGUUCUUCUCUUAAAUAUUAUUGAUUCUAAUGACAGCGGAUCCAGCAGAAUUUCCAUAUUCAGAUUUUGAGUAUCUAUGUAGUUGAUGGAAGUGUAAAAUAACCUAGCCAUGUAAUAACUUUAAUGAGUUAAGAUAAUGGAAAGAUAAAAUUUAAAACACCCUGUUAUCCAUUAUUAGUCACUUUAAAAUCAGAUAGGACUAAUAAAUUUUUAACCUACUGCUUUUGGAUUGCAAACUAAACACCAAGGUACCUGUUGUUAUAAAAUGUAAAAGAACAUAAUUCAUAUUCACUUGGGAAUAGCAGAAUUUGCUUAUACCUUUCUUAAAACUAUUUCCAUGGUUUGUUAGUAUACAUAUUUUAUAAAUUAUUCAUUAGGCCCAAAUGUCUUGAUUUUAUUUAAUGCAGUGGCAUCUAAUAAUUUUGUGGCUAGUAAAAACAUACCAUUGGCUUGAAGCUCUAAAAAAUUACUUUU